AUGGACUACUCGGUCGCCGAGUCAGACUCGUCGCCCUGGGCCUCGUCGCCCCAGGCCCACCGCGCCACCUUCGGCGAGAAUGUCGACGUGCCCUCAGAGCCCCUCCCGCCGCAGUCGCCCUACCACGACACCCAUGCCGCCGCCGCCGACCAUCCCUUCGCCGACGAGCCCAGCCAGGGCUUCCAGCCCCCCGAGGGCCACGAAUACCCCCCGUCCCCCCAGCGCCACCAACACCAGCAACCCGACCACCACCCGCAGCAAUAUGCCCAACCGCCCGACCAAGCCCAGCCUCAGCAGCAGCAGCACCGGUCCGAGCCCCAGCGCUACCACGGCAGCCAGCGCCAGCGCCAGAACGUCCCCCACUACAAGCUGCACGCAAAGGUCACGGGCCUGGAGCGGACCGGCCGGAAGGACCCCAUUCUGCGAUUCGACGUCUACACAAACCUGCCCAAGUUCCGCACCACUCAAUUCCGCGAUGUCAGGCGCCUCCACUCCGAGUUCGUCAAGCUCCAGGAGCACUUGAUCUCGGCGAACCCGGAGACUUUCGUGCCCGCGGUUCCCGUGGCCAUUACUUCUGCUGGUGUUGGUACCGAGGAGGACGAGGCACGCGUCAAGGCCUCGAUACAAAGAUGGCUCAAUGUCGUGUGCGCCAACGAGGUCCUCAUCCGCGAUGAAGAGAUGGUCUUCUUUGUCGAGAGUGAUUUUGGCUACAGCCCCGUCGUCAGGCGCAAGCAGCCCGCUACCGGCGUGCGCCGCAAGUACAUCAAGCAAUUCGCGCCGCCGCCCGACGACACGCCAGAAUUGGCCGAGGCCAGACCCAUCGUCAAGUUGUUCUACCUGAACACCAUGGAGUCUGGCCAGAAGGUCGACAAAGUGGUCAAGCAUCGGAGAGGCACGUUCCAACCAGAAUCCAUCAAACUCACGCAGAUGCAUGUUCAAGAAAACCACCCCGGUCUCGCCAACGCAUAUCGCCGGAUGGGAAAGGUAAUCCAAGCCGUCGGAGACUACCAUGCCGCUCAGGGUACCGCCGAAGCUACCACGAUCGGGGACCCGCUCAAGUACCACUCGGACGACGCCUUCAUCGUGAAGGAGACCCUCACGAACAGGCACAUCCUCCUGCGCGAGCUCCUGCAAGCCCAACAAGCCACGCGCUCCAAGCUCUCCGCCGCCGACCGCCUGAAGGCCAGCUCGUCUGUGCGCCGCGACAAGGUCGACGAGGCCAUCUCGGCGCUCGACGAGGCGCGCAGCCACGAGCAGUACCUGGGCACCAAGUGCGCGCGGGUGACUGCCAACCUGGUGCAAGAACGGCGCAAGUGGUUCACGCGCACGUCGGUCGACAUGCGCACCGCGAUCCGCGACUACGUGCUGCGCCAGAUCGAGGCGGAGCGGCGCACCCUCGCCACGCUCGAGCAAGUCCGCCCGGACAUCCGCGCCAUCGACGCGUCGGGCGGCCUCUCCCGCCUCGGCCGCGAGGCCCACUCCCCGCACAUCCGCCGCUCCAGCCUCGCCUCCUCGCAGGGCCCCAAGGGCGACGCCUGGAGCGGCGUGCCCCGCCGCCCGGACGGCCUCAACCGCAGCAUCAGCGGCGCCGGCUCCUUCAACGCCCCGCCCUUGCCCGAGGAAGACGACGACGACGACGACGACGGCGAGGUUUUGCACCGCAAGCGCGCGACCAGCGCCGCCAAGCCUGGCCUGAAGGGAGUGCUGGCAGGUGACGAGGACGACGAUAGGGUGGACGCGAGGAAUGCUGCGAGCAGGCUGGCGACGACCACUUUUUAA